CGGCUUCUGACCAUCCAUUGUGAUACUUCAGACAGACACUUCUUCUUGCCUACUAAGCUCUCUUGUGUUCUUGCCUUCUGCCUGUGCUGUGACUGAUGGCCAGCCUCACCGAUCUCGUUAACCUCGACCUGAGUGAUUGCACCGACAAGAUCAUUGCCGAGUACAUCUGGAUUGGAGGAUCCGGCAUAGACCUCAGGAGCAAAGCAAGGACGGUGAAAGGCCCCAUCACCGAUCCGAGCCAGCUGCCAAAAUGGAACUACGACGGCUCCAGCACCGGGCAGGCUCCCGGAGAGGACAGCGAAGUCAUCCUCUACCCUCAAGCCAUUUUCAAGGACCCGUUCAGGAAGGGCGACAACAUCCUUGUGAUGUGUGACUGCUACACGCCACAAGGCGAGCCAAUCCCUACUAACAAGAGGUACAAUGCUGCCAAGGUUUUCAGCCACCCCGACGUUGCAGCUGAGGUGCCAUGGUACGGUAUUGAGCAGGAGUACACUCUCCUUCAGAAGGAUGUGAACUGGCCCCUUGGCUGGCCUGUUGGUGGAUACCCUGGUCCCCAGGGACCAUACUACUGCGCUGCCGGUGCCGAUAAGGCCUUUGGGCGCGAUGUGGUCGACGCCCACUACAAAGCCUGCCUCUACGCCGGCAUCAACAUCAGCGGCAUCAACGGCGAAGUCAUGCCUGGCCAGUGGGAGUUCCAAGUUGGCCCGUCCGUUGGGAUAUCUGCCGGUGACGAAAUAUGGGUUGCCCGCUACAUUCUCGAGAGGAUCACUGAGAUUGCCGGAAUUGUUCUCUCCUUGGACCCGAAGCCAAUCCAGGGUGACUGGAACGGCGCCGGUGCCCACACCAACUACAGCACCAAGUCGAUGAGGGAGGCCGGUGGCUACGAGGUGAUCAAGAAGGCGAUCGAGAAGCUGGGGAAGAGGCACACGGAGCACAUCGCCGCGUACGGCGAGGGCAACGAGCGCCGCCUCACGGGCCGACACGAGACCGCCGACAUCAACACCUUCAAAUGGGGCGUGGCGAACCGCGGCGCGUCCAUCCGCGUGGGCCGCGACACGGAGAGGGAGGGCAAGGGAUACUUCGAGGACCGCAGGCCGGCAUCCAACAUGGACCCCUACGUCGUCACCGGCAUGAUCGCCGAGACCACCAUCCUGUGGAACGGAAACUGAUAAAGCCACGGUUGUUCCUCUUCUGCACAACGCUACUACGCCUGCAAUGCACGCAUCCGCUCUGAUGUCAUGUCAGUUUGGUUUUGCGAUUUCGGUUCCCCGUCGUGGGGUGUCCUAAAAUUUUUUACUUCGGUCUCCGGUGUACUGCUUGGAAAGUCUGAAUAAUGGCUGCAAAUGGAUUUUGCUUUCGUCAUAGGGGUACCUAGCUACCUUUAGCUGUUCUUUCCUGUUUAUUGGAUAUGUAUAAUGUAAUGUAAUACUAUUACUACGUGAUUUUAUAUGAAAAGAAUCAUUGUCGUUUUGUUCGCGAUCACAA